UAUAAAUCGAACGUAUAUACCCGGAACUGUACGUUUAUCAAUCGCCACUAAUAAACAUGCAGUUCCGCCUGCAACAGUUUGGUAAGAAAUCGACCGAGGAAACGAAGUCUUAAACAACAUGGAUGGUUCUAAUAGCGCUUCUAAAAGUUUUGACCCUAGUUUCACAGCGUCUCAGCCAAGUACCGUCUCUAUUGCUUUACAAACCGCUGUUCUGAGCCCCACGUUUAUAGCAAACUUGCUCGGUAACAUUUCUGUUUGCCUGGUUAUUUAUGGCACGCGUUCCCUCAGACAAAGACCAAGCAGUUCUAUUUUGGCCAGCUUAGCAAUGUCUGACUUCUCCUUGCUGUCGUUUCUCCUCUUCCGUUUGAUUUGGCUGUACGAUUUUCAAGCAGCAAACAAAGCCUGUAAACAUUUUAUAGUACUGUUUGGAGUACUCUUGUACGUCAGCAUUGGUCAUAUUUGUCUUCUUAGUUGCGAUCGCUACAUUGCUAUCAUAUAUCCUCUGAGGUACACUGAAAUUGUUACCAGAACACGCGUGACGCUAGCCUUGUUGGUUGCCUGGGUUGCUCCUGUGAUUUCCAUGGUGGUCUUUCCCCUGUUUUACGUUGACAGUGACGGCACUCAGUUUAGAACAAGCAUCAUAGGUUGCUCUGAGUUCACAAGCGAACAUCUCUUGAUGCAUAAAGUUCAUCUUGUCUUCAACAGCACCCUGUUCGUGGUGAUUCCAUUUGUGGUGACGAUUUUCGUCUAUGGCCAUAUCGCCAAAAUCUCAUGGUCUCAGAGCAGCCGAGUUGAGCCUGGCGAAAACCUGAACCCCGAAACUGCUGACUUAAGGAAAAGGAAGCGAAAAGAGAUGAAAUGGGUGAAGACAACAGGUAACACUUCCUCCUGGCCUAAGUUACAUUUUUUAACCUGGUUUUGGUUUUUGUGUUUGCUUUUUUCAGUUAUCGCGAUCGGUGCGUUCACCUUGUGCUAUCUUCCAGGAUUCAUCUGUAUAUUGCUCACGGUAAAACUUGGGCCCAAUCGAGUCCCUAACGCACUCCGCCAUUCCGUCAUCAUGUUGACGGCAAUAAACAGCGCCCUCAACCCAAUUGUUUACAUGUUCAGAUCCAAAGAGUUCAGAAUCGCCUUCAAGAAAUUAUUCAGAGGUAGUUCGAUUGUUCGCCAGCCGAUUGAAGGCAAAAAGAAAGCCUGGUCACGUCUUGAAGUUUCCACGUGCAACCAACAUGGUCGUCAGCCUUCAUUUCCAACUGUUCCGACUGCAGAUGUGAGAGACUUAAGUUUUCAUUUACCGGGAAGCUCCGAGAUUGCUGUAGAAGUGACUGAAGCAAACCUGCCAUGACUAGAUGUGCGACCAGCCGUGAUUAGCUAUGUCUGCCUGGGUGGUGUUAGAACCAGAGGAAAUGUUGACCGUGGUCUUCAACAUUCAGUUUCCACUCGAAACUCGAGGUCUACAUGCAUUAAACUUUUUAUUGUCUGGACAAUGAUAUUAUACGUUGCACCCCCUAUUGGAAUACCCUAGCCAGCAUAGCUAGUUAAGUUUAAAUAUUAACUGAGGGACAGAAUCAAAGAUGGUUGUCAAUUAAUUAAGAGCACAUGUCCACGAAAAUCAAACAUGGAGUGGCAAACUUCAAAAUUUCAAAAUCGCUCAAACUUUGGCUAUGAGUAGUCCGUAUUGAACUAUUCAUCGCUAUGUGGUUCAUUGCCAUUUUGAAGAAAACCGCAUGCCUGAAGUAUGAAGCCAGAAGAUAUCCAUUUGCAAUUAGCUUAUUCUACAACUUAUCCAGGUUUCAAUUUCCAGGUUGUAAUUUAUAUGACAUUUGAAAAAAAAAUCUGACAUUGUGCGAAAGCUAGGGGUGGCGAACGGUAAAUGCUAGACUUUGCGAGACGGCGAGACAAGCGUUUUUCGUUGCGAGCCCGAGAUGUUUUGACAUUUAAGAUUGCGAGACCGAGACUUCAAAGUGUUUUGAGUGCGGGCGCGAGACGUUCAGACUCUUAAACUUUGAGCCCC